UUGGUUACAUUUUAUUUUCUCAAAGGCUUCCAAAAAUGCACCAAGUGGCAACCAACAAAACUAUGCUUAUGGUUUAUCCCAUGGGCAAAUCUACAAGAACUCUUUCUUCCCAUCUGUGGCAGCCACCGCCAUCAACACCACCCACCAAACUUAUUGUAGUUCAGUGUCAAAAAGCUCUCAUCUCUCUCUCAUUCCCUUCAAGAUUAUUACAGAUCGAGAAUCUCCUCAAAUCCCAUUAAACCAAGCCAAUCAAUCAAUGCUGUGUUCAGUUCAAACCAGCAAGUCCAGUUCAAACUGGUUAGACCGGCUCUGGUCCAACAGAGGCUUCAACAACAACAAUGAUAAUAACCCUUCUGUUCCAAACCCAUCAAGUUCUCCAACUACCAAUGCCUCAAACUCUGUUAUCAACUCAAACUCUGAGUCAACUCACUCUGACUCAGAUCAAAUCAAAGUUACAGCAACAACAGCGACAGCAACAGCCAGGGAGAUUUCUUCAAGUGACAAUAAAGAUUUGUUCUUUAUAAUGAACAAUGUUCUUUCAGACCUCUUCAACAUGGGUGGUGUCAGUGACCCAGUUGAGGAAAGUUCAAGACUUUCCAGGAAAAAGGAGAAGGUUCCUAGGAAACAAACAAAACCUAAAUUUUGUUUCAUUUCAGGGAAUAAUAGUGGUAAUGAUUCUUUAGAUUGUGUGCGAAAAGACCGGAAUGUCCUUGCUGCAACAGGGUCAUUGAAUUCUGAUAAGAAUUCUAAUAAUGUGGAUUGUGGGGUUGUUGAUGAUGAUGAUGACGAUGAGGAGGAUGUUGAGGAGGAUGUUGAGGAGGAGAAGGGUUUUGGUGUUGGUGGUGAUAAAGAGCUAAAAGGGUAUUCAAGAAGUGAAGUGACUGUAAUUGAUACAAGUUGUCAAGUGUGGAAGUUUGAUAAGUUGGUGUUUAGAAAGAAGAAUGUGUGGAAAGUUAGAGAUAAGAAGGGAAAAUCUUGGGUGUUUGGGAGCAAGAAGAGGAAAGGAAAUGACUUGGAAUCUGCUAAUGGAAAUGGUGCUAAGAAGAAAGCUAAAGUUUCAAACUUAGAGGUUGGAUCGUCUAAGGAUGUCAAUGAUGUUCAGAAACAAGAGGAUGAGAGAAGGGAAGAGGAACAUAAACAAAUGCCAGAGGAUCUUAGCCAAGUUCCCAAAAAGAGGUUCCAUUUUUCAAGAUCGCCCGAGAAAUCUAUAAAGAGUGGCUCAUCUGUUAUUCUUAUAAAAACUAUACCUACGAGCAACAAAAGUGGGAAGAAUAUUACCAAGAAUCGUCUCAAGGACAAUCAAAGAAAGAACAAGACUUGAUGGAUUUGUUCUAAACUCCAGAAUUGAUAGCUGCAAGUUGUCUGCAAGACCAAACCCUUUACAUUUGUCUACAACGCCUCCUGCUGCUGAAGCUCUUGGAUCUGAAAUGGUUUCAUUUGUCACAAUCCCCCCUGAAAGAGGUAACAGAAUUUGGGGUUUGAAACUCAAGCUCACAAUUACCUCAAACCCUGAUUCUAACCCCUGAUUGAUUGGACAUGGAGCGAAAUCAUUAUUAUUUGUAUCUCUAGUAGUUAUAACAUCCUUCAGUAACAUUAAAUAUUUCGUUACAGGAAACUACAGUGUAUUAUUCCAUCUUUUCAUCAAUGUGAACCUGUUCCAAAUUCCCCAGUUCAA